AUGCUUCUUGAGUUGAAGCAUGGCUAUGUUUCUAGGUCUGCGACUCGAUCUGUCAUGAUAACUUCACCAGAAUACAUUGCAGCCAAAGCUGCCAAUGGAGCAAACUCGUCUGCUGCAGACUUUAUACAGUGGUUGCGAACCCAGGCGGGGAAUCCAGAGGUCAAUCUGCACUAUACCGUCCUAUCCUAUGAGAUGACACCAACAAAUGGAGACCUAGUUCAGGGCACUAUCAGUAAUCCAAAGGGCAGAAGGUCUAAGACAAAUCCACUGCCAAAUACUAAGACUGUGAUGAGAAACCUGACAUAUUCAAACACCAUACAAAGUCCAGUGUCUGGAGACAAACCUGUUGCUACAAGCCAUACCCCAUCUAUUUCAGCGGACCCAAUUACCCAGAGGGAGGACUUGCAUGCUAUUGUGCAACCUACCAAUAUUGCAAACUUAAGUGUGGACAAACUGGUUGAAGGGAAUUCCAUGGUUUCAAGGGAUAGAAACAGAUCCCUUUUCAUUUCGGCACAGGAACAUAAGCAACGAGCCAAAGUACUAUCCCUCUUCAGCCAAUCGAGACCCAAUGAAAAUGUAACACCUACAAAGGACAAGAUGAGAAAACCUACUCCUAUACAAAUUGGAAGUCCACCACCAAUGGGUCCUGAGGGUCUAGCUGCAAUGCGACAAGCAGUUCAUGCUACUGCAGCGCCAAUGAUAAAGCAACAGUUUGGCCGUUUUACGUCCACAUUGACUAUUAUGGACCAAUUGACACGCACUGAGUUCAUUCACAACCAGCGGGAGGCCAUAGAAGCAAAAGCUAUCAAAGCAGUGUGCUCUAAGUUUGUGAGAGCCAAAGCAAUGCCUGGUGGUAUAGGGGAUACUACGAAAAAUGCAUCCGAGGCCAUUCAUCCCCAGAAGACAGGGGAUACUAUGAAAAAUGCAACUGAGGCCAUUCAUCCCCAGAAGACACCAGGAUCGAAGACACCAGCCACAACCAAGCCUCCACCAAGAGGCUUGUACUCAAUUUCCAACGUGUCAAUAGAGGAAAAAGAAAAAAAUGUGUUUGCCAGGUCAGUGGAGGUGGAAGCAGGCCUAAAGACAGUAGCUCCGAUGCAUCAAUUGGUUACAGAGGCAGAGGAGCAUAUGAAGACCCUUCAACACACUAUCCUUCUCUCCUGUAACAGAGUUAUGCUUGGUGCCGCAUGGAUGGAUGAGAACUGGUGCCAAAGCAGUGGAAGGUCGUGCGGCUGCUCCUUCAGACUCCUCUAG